AUGGCGAGUAAGGGCAAGUCGCGCUGGGCCGACAGCGAGGAAGACGCAGCCCUGGAGGCGAAGCUCAAGCAAGAAAAGGAGGAGAAGAAGCGCCUCAAGGCCGAAAAGGCACUCAAGGCUGAGGCCGAGCGCGUAGCUCGUGCGGCGGAAGCAGCACGACAACAGCAGCAAGGGAACAACGAGGACGAGCAGGCCGCCGGGCCCCCAGCGAAACGACGGAAGCUUACGCCGGAACGAGACAGCCGGCCCAGCAAUGUGGCUCCUGCGGUCGAGAGCACGGAGGGCACGAAGCUCCUGCGCUUCGAGGGCGGAUCGUUUGGCAAGGCGCGCAGCGUGGAGAACUACGACAAGCUGAACGAUAUCGAGGAGGGCGCAUACGGCUGGGUUGCGCGAGCAAAGGAGCUAGCUACUGGCAAGGUGGUGGCACUGAAGAGGCUAAAGAUUGAGCCGACAGACCGCAAUGGAUUGCCUGUCACCGGCCUACGGGAAAUUCAGAUUCUCAAAGACUGCCAGCACAGAAAUGUGGUGAAAAUGCAGGAAGUGGUGGUUGGCGAAGACACGAGCAAGAUUGAAAAGUGA